CGUGCCGGUGACUGUUGCCUGUUAAGCAAAGAAGAAGCAUUUUCAGCCCUUGAAGAACAGACGCGGAUUUCUGCCGGAGCCGACGAAGGAACGAUGCUCCUGAAACUUUUGUGUCUGGUUUUUCUGCUCCCGGCGCUGCUGGAAGCUCAGUAUGAGCAGUACAGCUUCAAAAGUUUUCCUCCCGGCGACAUUAUGCCGCUGGAGUCCGCGUACGGUUACGCGCUGGAACAGUACGCGGCGCAGAACUGGGCAGACAGCGUCAAAUACCUGGAGCUGAGUCUGCGGCUCCGCAGGCUGCUUCGGGACUGCGAGGCGUUCUGCAGCCGCAACUGCAGCUCGGUCAGCCGGGGCAACGACACCGUGUGGGCCGACAGCAGCCUGCGCGUCGUGCGCCACAUCCUGCAGCGAGCCGUCUGCCUCAAAAAGUGCAAGGCAGACUUUCCGGUGUUUAAGAUCUCCUACCCACCGAGGGAUCUACUGGAAGCGUUCGUCCGGAGGACGCCGUACCGGUACAUACAGUACGCGUACUACCAGCUCAACAAUUUGGGGAAGGCUGUGGCCGCAGCCCACACCUUCCUGAAGAAGAAUCCCAAUGAUUUCUCCUUAACCAAGAACAUGAACUACUACAAGACGCUGUUUGAUGUAGAAGAAUACUUCAUUGACCACGAGGAGCAGCCGUAUGAGAGUGUGUUCGUGAAAAGUGUGACGCUCUACAACAGCGGAGAUUUCAGCAGCAGCGCUCGAAACAUGGAGCAGGCCAUUGCGCAGUACUUUGAAGUGUACGGGCUCUGCUUGGCAGCCUGUGAGGGCUCGUACGAGAUACUAGAGUACAAGGAUUUUUAUCCCACCCUAGCAGAUCUCUACAUCGAUGUGCUGAAAUGUAAGGUGAAAUGUGAAGAGGAGCUGACGCCCAGCGUUGGAGGCUACAUUGUGGAGAAGUUUGUAGCCACCAUGUAUCACUACCUCCAGUUUUCCUAUUACAAACUGAAUGAUGCAAAGAACGCUGCUCCAUGUGCCGCCAGCUACAUGCUCUUUGACCCUAAAGACCAGGUGAUGCAGCAAAAUGUAGCGUACUAUCGUUUUUACCGGGAGCAGUGGGGACUUGAGGAAAGAGACUUUCAACCUCGGCCGGAGGCUCUGAGCUAUUAUAACCAGACGACCAAGCAGAAAGAGAUGCUGGAGUUUGCGCUCAACUACCUACAAACAGACGAUGAGGAUAUAGUAAGUCCAGGAGAAAUGGCAGACUCUCACUCAGAGCAUCUUGAUGCUGAGUUUGAGGGCAUGGGAGACUACGAGGAGUCUUUCCUGGCUGAAUGGUGGCAAGAACCCAAAAGUAAAUGGGACACAGGAGAGGUCGCAGAAUGACGUUUGUGCUCGUUUGUCCCUCAUCCAGCUGUGUCCAAACUCUCAUGGCAACAUACUGUAUCAAUGUUGUUGGUAACUGUGAAGACAGACCUACAUCUCCAACAGCGUCUUCGAGAACAACCACCAUCCGUCAUGUUGAUCAAGAUCACAGGUUGACAUAUUCCCUCUUGGCUGCUAUCAGCCUUUUAAUAAUCAGUCAUGCCCUGUGUGCUUGUGUUCCAUGUUUUACUGAGGGACGUGUAAAGUCUACGUGUUCAUGACUGUUACAUUUUUAUUUUUUUUUUUUACUUUUUAAAAUUAAUUUAAUGAACCAGUGCCACAGCUUUAUGGCUUUUCUUAUGCUGAAAUUUUAACAGCCACAUAGGGCUGUUGGAAUAUUUGUCACCUGCAAAUUAUUAAAAUAUUUUAAUACUCUGUA